AUACAAAACCUAAGCUCUGCUCUCUCUCCUCUCUUUCUCUCUCUACACUCUGCAAAACAAAUACAGUUAGUAAAAAAACUCCGAUCCUCCGAGACUGAAAUAUGAGCUGGUGGUGGGCUGGAGCUAUCGGCGCUGCAAAGAAAAAAAUCGACGAAGAUGAGCCACAGCAGAAGCAUCAAGCCGUAGCCCUAAUAAUCGGUGUCACCGGAAUCGUCGGCAACAGCCUGGCGGAGAUCCUGCCCCUCUCCGACACCCCCGGCGGUCCAUGGAAGGUCUACGGCGUCGCCCGCCGCCCACGCCCCACCUGGAACGACGACAACCCGAUCAACUACAUCCGGUGCGAUAUAUCCGACCCGGACGAUAUUCAGGCCAAGCUCUCCCCUCUCACCGACAUCACCCACGUAUUCUACGUCACCUGGGCGAACAGAUCCACCGAGGUCGAGAACUGCGAAUCCAACGGCAAAAUGCUGAAGAACGUCCUCGAUGUAGUGAUCCCUAAUUCCCCCAAUUUGAAGCACAUCUGCUUGCAGACUGGUCGGAAGCACUACAUCGGCCCGUUCGAAUCGUACGGGAAGAUCGAAACCCACGACCCGCCGUACUCCGAAGAUUUGCCCCGACUGAACUACAUCAACUUCUACUACACCUUGGAAGACAUUCUCUUCGCCGAGGUGGAGAAGAAGGAGGGUUUGACUUGGUCCGUCCACCGCCCGGGCAACAUAUUCGGAUGCUCCCCGUCCAGCAUGAUGAAUCUAGUCGGAACCCUAUGCGUGUACGCCGCCAUAUGCAAGCACGAGGGUUCGGUUCUGAAAUUUCCGGGGAGCAAGAUCGCUUGGGAGGGUUACUCCGAUUGCUCCGAUGCUGAUUUGAUAGCGGAGCAUCAGAUAUGGGCGGCGGUUGAUCCUUACGCGAAGAAUGAGGCAUUCAACGUGAGCAAUGGCGAUGUGUUCAAAUGGAAGCAUUUCUGGAAAGUGUUGGCUGAGCAGUUUGGGGUGGAGUGUGGCGGUUAUGAGGAAGGGCAGAAGCUGACAUUGGUGGAGAUGAUGAAGGAUAAAGGUCCCGUUUGGGAUGAGAUUGUGAAGGAGAAUGGUUUGACGGAGACGAAAUUAGGGGAUGUUGGAAUUUGGUGGUUUGGUGAUGUUAUACUUGGAUCGGAGUGUUAUUUGGAUACGAUGAAUAAGAGUAAGGAGCAUGGGUUUCUUGGGUUUAGGAAUUCGAAGAAUUCGUUGAUUUCUUGGAUUGAUAAGGUCAAGGCUUACAAGAUUGUUCCAUGAUUUAUUUUUUGUUGGGUUCGGUUUUCUUGGUUUUGUUGUUCGUGGAAGGUCUUUUUUCGUUGUGUUUGUCGAAGAAAGGGAAUAAUGGUGAGGAUGAAGAUCAUGCUGAGUUCUUGCUGAUGUUAUUACUGCAAGAAAGAGAGCGAAUGUAAGAUGUGUUAUUGUUGAACAUUGUGGUGUGUCUUCGUUUAUGUAUCCUGCCCCGAUUAAUUAGAUGAAUAUGGUUUCGUGAUGGGAUUAUUUACUUUUAUAAUAAUAACGUGCUGCAGUAUGUGUAUUGUAAGAGUUAUUUGUACGUUUUUUC